CAGUCGCCGUCGGAGCCGACCUAACCCGCUUGAAAUAAAUUCCUUACCCCCCUUUUCUGCCUCGGUAUAUCGUCGCUUCGAAAUCGAUUUCCUUCGCCCGCCUCCUCUUCCUCCUACGCCGCCGCUGCCGCAUCCGCCGGAGCGUAUUUUCCUCUCGCCGUCGAGAAAGUGGUCGCCAUCAUUUGGGCGACUUGCUCAAGUUCUUGUCAGGUGAAACAAUCUAGCAUUUUGCCCGACAUCAGAGUUCAAAAUGUUUGCUGCACCUGGUGACAAUGCCUUGGUAAUAUCAGGUCCAAGGCCAGGAACAGAAUGGGCUACUGUUCCACACAGCACACUUCAAGUUCAAGCCCCUGGCCCUGGUGGAAAACAACGCACCUCUAGCCUGGAGUCACCAAUAAUGCUGCUUACAGGUCACCAGAGUGCGAUAUAUACCAUGAAGUUCAACCCAGCAGGAACUGUAAUAGCAUCCGGCUCCCAUGACAAAGAUAUAUUCUUGUGGUAUGUUCAUGGAGAGUGCAAAAAUUUUAUGGUCUUGAGAGGGCAUAAAAAUGCUGUUCUGGACCUCCAAUGGACCACAGAUGGGACCCAGAUAAUUUCAGCCAGCCCUGACAAGACUCUAAGAGCAUGGGAUGUGGAAAGUGGGAAACAGGUUAAGAAAAUGGCUGAGCAUUCAUCAUUUGUGAACUCAUGCUGCCCUUCACGAAGGGGUCCACCUCUUGUUGUGAGUGGCUCUGAUGAUGGAACGGCAAAACUUUGGGACUUGCGUCAAAGAGGUGCAAUCCAGACAUUCCCAGACAAGUAUCAGAUCACUGCUGUAAGCUUCUCUGAUGCUGCAGAUAAGAUAUUUACCGGAGGAUUGGAUAACGAUGUGAAAGUGUGGGAUCUCCGCAGAAAUGAGGUAACUAUGACACUCCAAGGCCAUAGUGACAUGAUAACAGGUAUGCAGCUAAGUCCUGAUGGAUCAUACCUGUUGACUAAUGGCAUGGAUUGCACACUUCGGGUCUGGGAUAUGCGCCCAUAUGCUCCUCAGAACAGGUGCAUUAAGAUUUUUACAGGGCACCAGCAUAACUUUGAGAAGAACUUGAUGAAGUGUGGCUGGUCUCCAGAUGGGAGCAAGGUCACUGCUGGGAGUGCAGACCGAAUGGUGUAUAUAUGGGACACAACAACCCGCCGGAUUUUGUACAAGCUCCCUGGGCACAAUGGCUCUGUAAAUGAGACCAUGUUCCAUCCAACUGAGCCGAUCAUAGGUUCUUGCGGUAGCGACAAGCAGAUUUAUCUAGGGGAGAUCUGAAGCACUUAGGUCUCCACUAGUACUAGUUAGGUUACUGCUUACAUAUUGGCUGCUAACACUGCCAUUUUGUGGCUAGCUUGUCAUUUGUGGUUAUUGCCUUAAUCUCUUGGGUUUGUACUUGUUGUGUUGCUAUGUUAUUGGUGGUGAUUCUCGGAUCAAGUUCUUUGGACUGCUAAUGCUAGCGGUAGCAAAAUCCAUGACUUGUUUGGAGAACGUGUACGCUUUUCUUUCUGUUCUUUUCUCUCUAGUCUGAUAUUAAAGGCAAUUUAGCA